AUGAACGGCACUACGGGACAAUACUAUGGCCAGCAACAACCCAUCUAUACCACCAAUUCACAGGGUACACGUGUUGUACGACAUCCGGAUGGUACCGAGGAGAAGUGCAUCUGUGAGAUUUGUACUUGCGGACAACACCACUGUGGGCAUGUCGACGAGGUGUACAAGGGAGAUUUCGAAGGGGAAACAACACAGCAAGCUGAUUAUACGAGAAAACAGGCGCAACGCGCUCGUGCUAUCCGCCCGCAAGAAGCCGUCGGCCAAUCCGGGGAUUUCGACGGCGUCACCACGCAUCAGGCUGAUUACUACCGGAAGCAGGCCGCCCGCGCGCGUGGGAUACGACCAGCCGAAAAUGUCGUGCAAAGCGGGGAAUUUGAUGGCACGACUACUAAUCAGGCGGACUACAUUAAGAAACAAGCAGCCAGAUCCAAAGCCGUCCGCCCGCAGACGAACGCCCGGCAAACCGGGGACUUUGACGGGCUGACAACCCAUCAGAAUGACUACUACCGUAAGCAGGGUGAACGAUCGAGGGCGCUGCGCCCGAAGACGAUUGCCAGGAAUGGAGGCGAUUUCGAGGGGCAAACAACUCAUCAAGCCGAUUACGACCGGAAAAGGGCCGACCGUACGCGUCUACUAAAGCCUGAAGAAGCACUGCUCCAAACUGGCGACUUUGACGGCGUCACCACCCAUCAAGCCGACUUCGAUCGAAAGCGGGCCACGAAGGCGCAACCGAUUCGACCAAUGGAAACAAUGCUUCAAUCUGGAGAUUUUGACGGCGUCACCACCCAUCAAGCUGACUACUUUCAGAAGAAGGCCCAACGUGAGCGAGCUGUGAAGCCGGAAGGACACGUCGUUCAAUCGGGAGAUUUUGAUGGCGUGACGACCCAAAAGGCCGACUACGUCAAGAAAAAGGGCAACAAAGCGCAAGCCAUUCGACCGGUCGAAAACGGGCUUCAAACGGGAGAUUUCGACGGCAUCACCACUCACCAGGCUGAUUACUUCCAGAAAAAAGCAAAACGCGAAAAAGCGGUAAAACCGGAAGGGCAUGUCGUACAAUCGGGAGAUUUUGAUGGUGUGACGACCCAACAGGCUGACUACGUCAAGAAAAAGGGUGGCAAAGCACAAGCAAUACGCCCGAUCGAAAAUGGACUGCAAGCUGGGGAUUUUGAUGGCAUCACAACUCAUCAAGCCGACUACUUCCAGAAAAAGACUAAACGAGAAAAAGCUGUAAAACCGGAAGGCCAUGUCGUGCAAUCUGGCGACUUUGACGGGGUCACAACCCACAAAGCUGACUUCAUCAAGAAAAGGGGCGACAAGGCUCAAGCGAUCCGGCCGGUGGAAAACGGGCUUCAAACUGGCGAUUUCGAUGGGAUAACGACGCAUCAGGCUGAUUAUUUCCAGAAAAAGGCAAAAAGAGAAAAAGCUGUGAAACCGGGAGGACAUGUCGUCCAAUCCGGCGAUUUUGAUGGUGUAACGACCCACCAAGCCGACUUCAUCAAGAAAAGAGGUGACAAAGCACAAGCUAUUCGACCGGUCGAAAAUGGACUACAGUCCGGUGACUUUGAUGGAAUCACUACCCACCAAGCCGACUUUUUCCAGAAAAAGGCGCAACGAGAAAAAGCGGUAAAGCCGGAAGGACACGUCGUGCAAUCUGGGGACUUUGACGGCGUGACAACGCAUCAAGCCGACUUUAUUAGGAAAAAGGGCGACAAAGCGCAAGCCAUCCGGCCGAUCGAGAAUGGCCUGCAAACCGGUGAUUUUGAUGGGAUCACGACGCAUCAAGCCGACUUUUUCCAGAAAAAGGCGCAACGUGAAAAAGCUGUAAAGCCAGAAGGGCACGUCGUCCAAUCCGGCGAUUUUGAUGGAAUCACCACACACCAGGCUGACUACAUUAAGAAAAAAGGUGACAAGGCGCAGGCUAUGCGCCCCGUCGAGAAUGGUCUACAAAGCGGAGAAUUCGACGGGAUCACCACCCACCAGGCCGAUUAUUUCAAGAAAUUCGCCUCUCGAUCGAUGCCCGCCCGGCCUUUUACCAAUCAAAUGGCUUCGAUGGGCCCUUUCGACGGGACCACGACGAUGAGAUCCGACUUCACGAAAAAAUAUGUCGACAUUUGUCCGGUCGACAAGAUUCUGACCAAACGGGAUCGCUCCUACAAAUUUCACGAAAACCGUAGUGGACAUCAAUUCUACCGGCGCCCGGGCCAGAGCUUUGCCGCC